AUGAUAAUGUCAGAAGGUAAUCUUUAAAUAUGACAUUAUAAACAUAAACUUGUCUGUCCUACCACUAAUAUUGUUAUUGUUUUGAACAUAUUUUGAUUUUCAUUUAUUCGUAAUAUUUUUUAUUUAAAAAAUUAAAUAAAAAAUAUUGAACUUUGCAAAACUCUCAAUCUUUUCAGUCGAAGUGGAUACCGAUGAUUGCGCGACAGCCGUAUCAGGAACUUUUGACUUGUCCGAACUAGUAGUUACCUUCGAAGACCUGAGCUCGAUGUGCUCAGAGUAUUUGCUGGAUUCUACUGUCGCUUCGUCCUUGUCGUCCAUCUCAAGUAGUAUUCCUUGUUCCACCUGUAGUGGAAAGUUGGAAAAAAGAAAGGAUUCCGAAUCAUCAGAGUCAUCGUUUAGUAGCUCGGAACAUAGUAGUGUCGAGGAAGUAAAGGAUAACACAAAUAACGAUGAAAGUGCUACUGACUCCAGUUGGGAAAGUAAGUCAAAUUAUAAAGAGAUAUUUAAAUAAUAUUUGACAAUAACAUAUGAAGUACGUUUUAAAUGUACACGGUUUCAGGUACAAAACCAUUGUCAUUUUCCGAAAUCAUAACCGCCUUCGACGACGACUGCUCCUUCGAAUACAGUGGCGACAACUUCAUCGAAUCAAGUAACGAAACUUCUGGAGUCGAAACGGCCGUAGAGUUCAAUGAAGAAGAUGAACUCUGGUUUAUGGAGACCGCCAACGAGAAGACCGAAAACACUGACAAUAACCCUUCAACCUGCAUCGAUAUCAGUGACAUUCGACUUUAA